CCUAGUUCCUUUUCCUGUCACCUCUCCAGAAUCUUACCUCAUCUAUUUUGUUUGUCCAUCCCCCCUCCUCCCUCGCCUCUCAUCAGCAUCUUUCAUCUUCCCCUCCGUCCCUCCUCAUCAGUGAACGUCUGAACUUUCUGAUCUUUUUUCCCGUUGCUGCUGUCUUUGCAAACCUUUUCUUUUCCUUUCCCGUCUCUUUUGUCUUCUUCCCAGGUGUUUUGCUGAAAUCAACUUGAAAAUACCAAGAGAGAGAUAUAUAUUUAAAAAUAUUUAUAAAUAUAUAUACUUUUUGGUUUGCGUGGUUGUCAUUCUGGCCCCGGCUGACGCUCAAGAGGUUUGGGAUUUGAGACAGAGAGCGACUGAUUGACAGCGAUGGCCAAUGAAGAAUUAUAUUCUAAGUAUUUCUGAAUAUUAUUUGAGACAUCUGCUGGUUGGGUGCGUCUACGUAUGAACUUCAGCUGGUACCAGCACAACGACACAGAAGUUUAAGUUUGGACCAUUAGUUUCACUUUAGCAUGUGUGUUUCCAUGCCAAGUGUCCCACAGUGACGCUUCUCUCUAGUCGAUCGAUCCCAGAUAUUCGACCACGCGCCUCCAGGUUCGGUCAUGCACCCGAGGUCGUUCACCUUCGACCUCCCCACGCUGUUGGCUGUGCUCCUGUUGUGGGGCCCGAUGGGGUCUCGGGGCCAGAAUGACACGGAGCCCAUCAUCCUCGAGGGGAAAUGCUUGGUCGUGUGCGACUCCACUCCCUCAUCCGAGCCCGGCGGGAUCGCCCUGGGCAUGUCGGUGCGCUCCGGCUCGGGCCGGGUGGCCUUCUCCGCCAGCCGGCAGACCAACCACGAGCCCACGGACAUGAGCAACCGCACCAUGAUCAUCUACUUCGAUAACAUUUUGGUGAACGUGGGCACUCAUUUUGACCAAGAGAGCAGCGUGUUCCUGGCGCCAAGAAGAGGCGUGUACAGCUUCAACUUCCAUGUGGUGAAGGCCUACAAUAGACAAACUCUUCAGGUCAGCUUGAUGUUGAACGGCUGGCCCAUGAUUUCAGCUUUCGCCGGGGACCAGGACGUGACCAGAGAAGCUGCCACCAACGCCGGCCUGGUGAUCAUGGAGAAGGGGGAUAAGGCCUACCUCAGACUGGAGAGAGGCAACCUGAUGGGAGGAUGGAAAUACUCCACCUUCUCCGGGUUCCUGGUCUUCCCCCUGUGAGGAAGGCGGUUGAGUUGUUGGAGGGGUGAUAGGAGGAGAAGUGAGAAGUAGUAGGAGGUAGAAAAGGAGGCCUACAGUCUGCAACUCUCGAUACAUCGCACGAAAAAGUAUGUGUUUAUGCAAAAAUGAGAUGAAGAUUGUGCGAAUAAGGAUAUUUUUCUCACUCGAGAGCCAAAAGAAGGAAGUUCAGUAAGCACGACUUACCUUUCGGGUUACAUUUUCUCUGUUUCUGUGAAUAAAUAUGUGUUGGGUUUAUAUAAGUGAUACUUUAAUUGUGACAAAAAUACUAAGUAGCCGUGUGCAAUGUAGGCUUCUGUGAUAAGAUUCUUUUAUUUGGUGAAAGUGUUUGAGACAUGGCUGUGCUCCACACGACGUCCUGGCUCACGUUCCCUUUACUCCGCUGUGUCGUAUGACGCCUCUCUAUAUGCCUGUCCCCUGCAACAAAUGUUUAUUUACACAGAAAUUUCUAUGGAGGGGGAAUUAUUGAAAUAAAAUGAUGUAGCGUUG